UAGAGUGGAUGCCAUGAUUGAAUUUCACAGCACAAUCAAGGACACGUUCGUUAUCCAUUCACUUUCGAGGAAGCUGAGAUUUGGCACAGCUUCAUUCUGCCUCAAGUAACGAACGGUGUAACAGCGUAUCUCAUAGCCGGGUGCCGGCAAACAACAAAAAUAAACAGAGUAAAACGCAAUAAAUAAUAUCUGCGACGGAAGAUGGGUGGAAGGAGUGGAAAAAGCUUUUCACCUAACAAGGCAAAACGUGGUGGGGAAACAUUGCCGCCAAAGAAAGGUCAACCGGAGAGUUCAGACUACAUUGAAGCAGUUGUCUGCAAUGAGAAUGAAAUCAAGGAUAACGAGAUGAAAUCAUUGCCUUUGGGCGAAGAUGGUGGUAAAAUUUUACUGAUCAAGCAAGACGGAGAGCUCCACGCCUUAGGAUGGAAGUGCUCCCAUUAUGGAGCGCCUUUAGCCACUGGCGCCCUGGGUGAGGGUCGAGUAAGAUGUCCGUGGCACGGAGCAUGCUUCAACAUAAAGACAGGAGACAUAGAAGACUAUCCUGGCCUGGACUCUCUACCGUGCUACAAGGUUUCUGUAGAUCAAAAUGGUGGCAUAAAAGUGCGUGCCAAACGUAAGGAACUGGAAACAAAUAAGCGGACUAGGGAGAUGAGUGCACUCAGGACUGACAAUCAAACAACUGUUGUAAUCGCUGGAGGUGGUCCAGCUGCAGCAACUUGCGCCGAAACUUUGCGACAAGAAGGGUUCACUGGACGCAUUGUCAUGGUUUGCAAAGAAUCUGCUUUGCCAUAUGACAGGCCAAAACUCUCCAAGGCGAUGGAUGUUGAUGUAGGAAAGAUUUUACUCCGGUCCCAAUUCUUCUAUAAUGAACAUAACAUUGAAACUUUACUUGGUAAAGAAGUUAUAGGCUUGAAUACCAACGCAAAGACCGUUAAGCUAAACACUAACGAAGAUUUGAGGUAUGAUUAUUUGUUUGUUGCGACGGGAAGCAAACCAAAGUUACCCGAUCUGCCGGGUAUCAAUCUGGCAAAUAUUUUCGUUAUGCGGAAUCAUGCAGACAGUGCUGCAAUUUUCGCCCAACUUUCUCCUGAGAAGCAUGUCGUGCUUCUGGGACUUGGUUUCAUUGGCAUGGAAGCAGCUGCCUAUUGUGUUGGCAAGUGUGCUUCGGUUACAGUCGUCGGUCGAGCUAGUGUCCCUUUCAAAGCUGUUUUUGGACAAGAAAUCGGAGACAGAAUUAAAAGAGAAUUUGAAGCUAAAGGUGUACGCUUCAUGCUGGAGAACGGCAUCGCUCGUUUCUUAUCCAACAAUGGCGGUUCAUCUCUUCAACAAGUUGAAUUACUGGACGGGACAUUCCUUGAAUGCGACAUUGCUAUUCUGGGAGUUGGUUCUACACUUAAUACAGAAUGGCUAAAGGAGACGCAGUUGCAACGGCUUGCAGACGGUAGCAUAGUCACGGACAGGUUCCUUAAAACAAAUGUGGACAAUGUGUAUGCUGGUGGUGACAUUGCAUACGCCCCUGUAUAUAGCUCUGGAAAUAUGCCAGCAGCAAUAGGACAUUAUGGCCUAGCUCACUACCACGGAAGAAUUGCUGCUCUGAAUAUAGCUGGAAAAGAAACACCUUUGAAAGCAGUGCCUUUCUUCUGGACCAUGCUAUUUGGGAAAAGUUACAGAUAUGCAGGAUAUGGCAGAGCAACUGGGGUGAAAAUUGUUGGAUCUCUUGAGGACUUCAAGUUCUUUGCCUAUUAUUUCAAGGAUGGCAAAGUCAUUUCAAUGAGUAGUUCGGGAAGAGAUCCCAUUGUAGCGGAUUUUGCCAAUUUGCUGUACGAAGGAAGAGAGUUGACUCAAGAAGAAGUGGAAAGAGAUCCACUGGGUUGGAUGCCUCACAAACCCCAAGACUUGCUUACAGCAGUCUCUACACCAGACAUUAAGUCGAAUGGGUUGGGUACUGGAAAUAUGUCGAGGAGAGAUUACCACACGUACACAAUAGUACAUCCUAAACUAUAUAGAAUCCAAAACUGUAUAAAACGUGCACAAUACUGUAAACAAAUCAGUAAUUACUCCAGGUGUUUGCGUUUUCUUAAGAGUUUUGUUCGUUAGUACACUUCUGAUAGGUUCAAUGUGCGAAUUGCAUUUCAAUUGUUAGUGCGUUCCAAAAGUUUUAUAGUGAGUUUAACAGUUUUGCAAUAUAUUGAUGCAAAGCAACCAACUAGUACAUCACUUCGAAGGUUCUUGUAUACCAUACAAACUAUUUUAAAACAAAUACACGUUGCAAUUGUUAUCAGAGCAUUUGUAAUGCCAGUGAAUUGAAAUAGGGUGAUUUGCAUAUGGAGAAUUAUAAUUUAUUUCAGUUAACCUUGAAAGAACAACCGAUGUCAAAUGACGAAUCAAGAGGUGCUAUUUUGUUAAUUAAGUAGAUGCCUUUGGCAAUGUCAGUCUUGGUCUUUUGUAGGAUUUUAAAGUUUUUAUAUAGCUUUUAUAUUUAUGGAUCAAUUCAAAAUAUCCUUGAUUAUAUCAUUUACAGCGAAGUAAAACGCUACGUGAAAUCAACAUUAAAAAUCUUAGAAGAAUAAUGAAGGGGUUGGAAAAUUCUAGCAAAGUAACGAUGCACAGUAAUAUUUCCAAUGACGGAACUAUGUAUUAAUUGAGGUAUCUUCAUCUCAUACACGUUAUCUGUAAUUGUUUAUAUGUAUGUACAUUUGUUAUAUAAUUUAAACAAAUAAAGAAUUGUCCGUUAUUAAUCUA